AUGGUGGCGCAUGCGAAAGACAUAGCAUGUUUGGAUGUGAGCAUCAAUGAUCGUCUGUGUGUCACCGGCUCAAUGGACAAAACUGCCAAACUGUGGCACAUCGAUUCCGAGAAAAUGCACUUCACCAUUGGG